CGCGGCGCUCCGAGACCACGGGUGCUAUCAGGGACGAUGGUACGUAUCAUCGAGCAGAUCCAGCGCGACCUCUUGACCUAGGGAAAACCACCCGACUUGGAAUUGGAGUGCUACGCGGCACUCGCGUCGAGGAUGGACGCCUUCGUCGACAUCUUCAACGGCAAGGAACUUCAGCCGGUCGGACUACGCGCGCAAGAACGGCCUCGACAAGAUGGUGGGCUACAUCAGAUCGACCGACGACUCGAAACUAGACGAACUCAUGGACAUCCUGUGGUUUUUCGACGAGUGGCGGGCCUCGCUGGAGGCUAGACCGACGCUGGGCGACGGCGCCUGGAAGGCGCACUUCAUCACCGACCACUUGUGGACCGACAGCCGGGUGUGCAUCCUCGGCACCGUCAGGAUGUGUCGAUACCUGAUCGAGAAAGACUCGAGGUUCAAGAUCUCCCCGCUGAACAUGUUCCCCACUUCAUCAAUCUUCGCUAUAAAGGCCAGGUAUUACGUGCAAACAGCCAAGGCCGACCCGAGAUGCGGCAUAGUUUGUUUCGUCCUAAUCAGCCUGUGA